CGAGUCCCUAAUAUUGUGCGCGCCCGGUAAAUACAGCUCAACCUAUUAUAUAUUCCUCCUAAUCCUUCUCUAUUUUCCCCUAAUACUUAUUUUCUAAUUCAUCGCUUUUAUAUUUAAACAAACCUAAUUUUGGAUUUCUAAUUUUUUAUUCUUCCCUUUUUUCUGGGUUUUCCCUUUUUGGCUCUUCUUCCCUUCAUAUUCUAGUCUAUACUUAUUUUGAAAAGAAAUGCUAUUUUUGCAAGGUUUUUGUCUUGUGAAGAAUUCCUAAGAAAAUUGAAGUCUUAAUUUUCAGCAACAAUCUUAUGGUAGGGUGUAAAGGAUGGGAAGAGUCAAACUAAAAAUUAUGAGAUUGGAGAGUAGUAGCAAUCGUCAAGUUACAUAUUCUAAAAGGCGUACUGGAAUCAUAAAGAAAGCUAAGGAAUUAGCUAUUUUAUGUGACAUUGAUAUUGUCCUACUCAUGUUCUCUACUACCGGGAAGCCAACUUUAUUUCUUGGAGAGCGUAGCAACCUUGAACAGAUUAUCACAAAGUAUGCUCAACUCACCCCCCAAGACAGGAUAAAAAGGAAAUUGGAGAGUCUUGAAGCCCUUAAGAAAACUUUCAAGAAGUGUGAUCAUGAUGUGAAUAUAGAAGACUUUGUAGCUUCAAGUAGUCAAAUGGCUGAGCAGGAACUAGCUAACCAAGUGGGGAUGUUUCAAGCCCAAGUCACACGAGCAGAGCAGGAAUUGAGUUGCUGGACUAACCCUGAUACGAUCAACAAUGUUGAGCAAUUGCAAUUGAUGGAAAAUUCCUUGCAUGAAUCAGUUAACCAAAUUCGUUUACACAAGGAAAACAUUAACAAACAGAAGAUUGAGCCUCUAGAAUGCAAUAACCAGUUCCAGAACGGAAUGCAUAUGCCUUUGAUGAUGAGUAGUUUGCAAGAUUUUCAGCCACAAUCUUGGUUUCCAACUACUGAAAAUCAUCAAAAUCAGCAAAAUCAGCAAAAUCAGCAAAUGAUGCUACUUGAUGAGUCUAACAUUUUGCCUCACAGAGAUAUGAAGUCCACAUUCGAUGCUUCCCUUCCCGGUUGUUCAAGCUACUUUGGGGAUACUAAAGUAGAGCUGGGUAAUGCCAGCCAAUAUGAUCAAGCAAGACCAGAGUGUAAUGGCUUGAAUCAGCUGACUGCAGAUGCAUGUAUGGGGGUUCAAAUUGAUGAGCCAUAUUCAUUUUCAUUGUAUGGAGAUAUAAAUCUUCCUGAGCCAAAGGCGAUGCAAGAUUGCGCGGUUAAGUUUCAAGGGAAUCCGAUGAAUUACCGAAUUGCUGGUCCUCAGGAUUUGCCCAUGUCUAUGUUUGAUACAAAGUCCCAACCAUGGGUUCCUUCUGAGUUGCCAAAGUUUAAUGAAAACUUAUAUCCACAGGAUACGGACUGCCACACUGGUUUAUAAGAGCUCCAUUGAUCAAUGUUACUUCUUCCGUCAUAUUAAAUUUGAAUCAUUUUCCAUUUUGAUCCGUCUCAUUUAUUUUGUAUCAAUUUUAUUUUUGGAUAAUGGUUCACCACUUUCUUUUAAUCUCACCAAGAUUAUACCGCUCCAUUUGUCCGUGUUUGCCCCAUUUUUAUUUUCGUUAAAUCGGGCAAAAUCGUUGAACGAAUGGUGUAUAUGAAAAUGUUGAUAUUGCGUGUCAUCUUACUAAAAUAGCAUUCGGUGUAUAUAAUUUCAUAUGUAGGAAAUUUUGGUGAUGUAUGUAGAAUAUUUUAGAAGAUUUGGUAAAUUAGUUUAUUGAGCAAUUUUAGCUUAUUUUGAUAUUAAUAGAGGAUUGUGUAGUCAAAUCG